AUAAAAGGGUCAGUCCUCCCUGAGGCCCCUUUGUGAAACAUGAAGCAAUGAAUUUCUUGUUGGUUGGAAACAUUACCAGUUUCUGAGUGAUACUUGGUGAAUUUUGAAGAUCUCCCCUCUAUGGUGCAAUCUUAAGCAGCGCUAUAUCCUUAUAAACCAAUUUACUUCAAAUGUAUUAGAGGUCUAUUUCUUGGAUCAUCAGUACGCAAAUUGAAGAUGCUUCUGAUUUUGUUUCUCAUUGUUCUUGGGACACAGACUUCUAUAGCACAGAAACCUGCCCCUGAGUCUACAGAUGUAGUCCUUUUGAUUGACAGCUCAAAUGCUCUUGGCAAAAAGUCUUUCCCUUCUGUGAAAUCGUUUGUUAACAGAGUAAUCAGCAGUCUUCCAGUAGGUCCGAACAAAUAUCGCAUUGCACUUGUGCAGUACAGUGAUGAUGUGCACGUCGAAUUCCAGCUGGAUGAUUUUAAAGGCAAACCCCCAAUGUUAAACCAUCUUAAAAAGAGUGUUUCAUACAGGGGUGGGUCUUUAAAAACAGGAAAUGCCAUACAAAAGGUCCAUGAAACAUUUUUCAAAGUCCCAAGGAGAGACAGAAACCAAAUUGUUGUGGUCACAACUUCAGGUCCUUCAGAAGAUGAUGUGAAGAGACCUGCAAAAAGGCUUCAGGAUGAUGGGAUAAAAAUAAUAGCUUUAGGAAUGCAGGCUGCAUCUGUUCAGGAACUUCGAUCAGUGGCUACACAGCAUUUCUUUUAUAACCUUCCUACACCAAGAGAUUUUGCAACAUUUUCUCAAAAUAUGUCGACAGUUAUUGGAGAAGCCAUACAACUGGAUGAUUCAGUGGUCGUCUCAACGCCUAGUCCACCAAGGAUAACUAGUCCACCAAGGAUACCUAGUCCACCAAGGAUACCUAGUCCACCAAGUAUAAAUGUUAGCGUAGCACCCCCACCAGAGUGUCUACAUGAUUCAGUUGCAGACAUUGUAUUUGUGGUGGAUGAAGGCGUUUCAGUUGAAAACUCCCGCUACAUUGAAUCAUUCUUGAGUGACACAAUAAACUCUCUUGAUGUGAAGAAAGGAUGUAUACAAACUGGUUUAGUGACCUACAGCACUGAGUCACAAAUAAUAUCAUUGCUAAAGAAUGAAACAGUCAAAACUGAUGGUCUAUGGGACCUUCACAGAUCUUCAGGGAAAUCUAACUUGGGUGCUGCCAUUAAUUUUACCAGGAAAAGAGUUUUUGAUAAGCAUGCUGGAAGCAGAAAGACUCAAGGAGUGGAACAAAUUGCCACUAUAAUCACCCACAGACCUGCAGACGACCUCUUAAGUGAUGCAGCGACUCUCCUUAGACAAGCUGGUGUGACAGUGUUUGCCAUAGGUGUCGAAGGAGCUAAUGCGACCCAGUUAACUGAGAUAGCAUCAUAUCCACCUGAACGAAAUGUUUUAAAACUUGCCAGAUUUUCUGACCUGCCAAAUCAGGCCACGACUUUCAAAAAGAAACUCUUCAAUCAAAUACAGGACACACUUUAUGUUCAAUCUGAAAGAAGAUUACUGCUCAAAACAGGAUGUAUUGACACAGAAGAGGCUGAUAUUUACUUCCUUGUUGAUGGCUCUUCAAGCAUUGGCUGGUUAGAGUUUGAUCAAAUGAAAACGUUUUUGAAGGAAGUAACUAAGCAGUUUAACGUUGGACCAAAUCACGUUCGAUUUGGAGUUGUGCAAUAUUCACAUGCUUCUAGUAUUAAAUUGCACUUUGAACUUGAUGAGUACACUAAGACAAACACAUUAGAAAGAGCUAUUAAUAAUAUCAACCAGUUAACAGGAGAUACAUACACCGGAGAAGCUUUAAAAUUCAUGCAGCCUUUGUUUGAAAAGGCAAGGCAACAACGUGGAAACAAAGUGCCCUGCUAUCUCAUUGUGUUGACAGAUGGGGAGGCCCAUGAUAAUGUGAAGAUACCUGCUGAGAAACUGAGGAAUGCAAAGGUGAACAUCUACGCCAUUGGUGUAAGACAGUAUAAUAUAACACAACUGCAUGAGAUUGCAGGCUCAAGGGUUUACUCUGUGCAACAAUUUGACUCCUUGAAAUUUAUACAAGAUGAGAUUGUCCGAGAUGUAUGUUCUCAAGAAGCCUGUAAGGAAAUGAAAGCUGACAUCAUGUUCCUAGUGGACAGCUCCGGUAGCAUUGGCACUGAGAAUUUUAAUAAAAUGAAGAACUUUAUGAGUGACCUGGUAAACAAAUCUGACAUCGGCUUAGACCAAGUUCGCAUUGGCGUUGUUCAGUUCAGUGGCAGUGCUAAAGAAGAAUUUCCACUAAACAAAUAUUCGGCAAAAAGUGACAUAAUUGAAGCGAUUAGAAGGAUGGUACCCAUCGAAGAGAACACACUCACUGGAAAAGCACUGGAAUUUGUGGCUGAAUAUUUCAAUUCAUCCAAAGGGUCACGCUCCUCCGUGAACAAAAUUCUCAUCUUGCUCACAGAUGGGGAAGCACAGGAUGAAGUAGCAGCUCCAGCUAUGUCCCUGAGAAAGGAUGGUAUCACUAUCUAUUCAGUUGGGGUGUUUAAUGCCAAUAAAACACAGCUUGAAGAGAUAAGUGGGAAACUUGAGCUGGUGUUUUAUGUAGAAAACUUUGAUAUUCUUGAGAAGAUAGAAGGCGACAUCAUUUUUGGCAUAUGUAAUCCCCUUGAGGAUGGAAUUCCAGAGUGCAAAAGGAUAGACCGUUUAGAUGUUGUAUUUGUAAUAGACAGUUCUGGCAGCAUAGGGGACACAAACUAUGACCUCAUGAAAGACUUCAUGAUUGGCUUGGUCAAUAAAUCUGAUGUUGGCAGUGAUCGUGUUCAGUUCGGAGCUCUGAAGUAUUCUGAUGAUCCACGUACACUUUUUUACCUUAAUACCUACAAUAAGAAAGCAGAUGUCAUUUCAGCUAUCCGAAGUGACACACUUUUGGGCCAAACUACAUACACAGCUAAAGCUCUUAGACACUCAGAAUUGUUGUUCACUGAGGCCCAUGGAAGUCGCCACUACAGGAAUGUUCCUCAGGUUCUUAUUGUGAUUACUGAUGGUGAAUCACAUGAUGCAGUGGAACUUGAUGAAGUGUCUAAAAAACUCAGGGCUCGUGGCAUUGAGAUAUAUGCCAUUGGGAUAGAAGGUGCAAAGCCAGAUGAGCUUCAGACCAUGGCAGGAUCAAACAAAUCUUACUACUAUGUGGAACAGUUUGCGGGAUUACAAAACAUAUCCACAGAGUUAUCAGAUGAGCUGUGUGAUGAUUCAAAGCCAGAAUGUGAAAUCUACGCUGAUCUUGUUUUCUUGAUUGAUGGUUCCAACAGUAUACGAGUGAAUGAUUUUGAGACAAUGAAAGACUUCUUGAAGAAACUGCUUGAUCAGAUUAAUUAUAAUAACAAAAUGCAAAUUGGCAUGGCCCAAUUCAGUGUAUUUUACCAAGAAGAAUUUCCUUUGAGUAGUAACUAUAGCAAAUCAGAGGUGCAAGACAAAAUCUCUAAAGUCUCAAAGAUGACAGGUAACAAAACUAACAUCGGAGAAGCUCUCAAAAAAGUGAAGGCCUUCUUCAGUCCACCAAGACGCAGAGUGAUUAGAGAUAUUCAGCCAAAAUUGCUGGUAAUCACUGAUGGACGCUCAUAUGACCGGGUCGCUCAACCAGCUGAGGAUCUGAGAAAGGAGGGUGUGGAGAUAUAUGCAAUAGGAGUAGGGAAUGUAAAAGAUACAGAACUUCUACAGAUAGCUGGAUCCCCAGAGAGGAAAUACAGAAUUGCUAAUUUCAGUGGGCUGUCAAACCUCAAAAAACGUGUUACUAACGAAAUGUGUAAUGGUGGAGUUAAAGCAGCAUGUUUUGUGGAUAUCGUUAUUGGAUUUGACAUUUCAUCUCAAAAGCUGGGUGAUCAUUUAUUCCAUGGACAGUCCCUGUUGGAAACCCACCUGCCUAAGAUUUUAGAAUAUUUGACAUCUGUAAGCACUGUGAGUUGCGGUACAGGAACAAAGACACAGUUCAGCGUGGCUAUUUCUAAGGAAAACAUGAACUCAACUUCCUCAUCAGACCUCCAAGUUGAUCCUACAAAAAUCAUGGAGGAACUCAGAAAAGUUACAGUCAACAAACCAUCUUAUCUAAAUGUUCCAUUCUUGAACACACUUUGGAAUACAUUUGGCAAUCUACCUCGUAAUGAAAAACGAAGCCAGGUGUUACUUCUUUUCUCUGACGGUUUGGAUGCGGAUGUAAAAUUGCUCAAAGAAAGAUCUGAAGAAUUUAGAAAAAAAGGACUUGAUGGACUGAUAACAGUUACUCUGGAAGGAGCUAGCAACUAUCAUAAUUUACAAUACAUUGAGUUUGGAAAAGGAUUUGGAUAUCAUAAUCAUUUGACCAUUAGCUUGCAAAAUAUUGCCCAAAGCUUAUUUGGGUAUAUGAGCCAAAUUGCUGAGAGAACAUGCUGCUGUGUAUUUUGUACCUGCAUGGGUGAAGAAGGCCUCGCUGGGCAGAGAAGCAUUCCAGGGACAAAGGGACCUACUGGUGCUAAUGGAAUUCCAGGAUACAUAGGAGAUGAUGGAGAGCCAGGUCCCAGUGGGCUACCUGGACCAUAUGGACGGCAGGGUUAUACUGGGUGCCAAGGUGAUCAAGGAGCAAAAGGGCAACGAGGAUGGAGUGGGAAAAAGGGAGACAAUGGGAUUUAUGGAAUUGAUGGAAUUAAUGGAGAAGAGGGAUCACAAGGACUGCCAGGACCAAAAGGAGAAAAGGGAGACCCUGGCCAGCCGGGCAAUCCAGGAUCAAGAGGACUUCCUGGUGAACCUGGUUCGAAAGGCUUUCAAGGAGAUCCCGGUAAUCCUGGAGUAGACAGCAUCAUUAAAGGAGCAGUUGGCCCCAAUGGGUUACGUGGGAGCAAGGGUGAAAGAGGACCAAAUGGUUCAGCAGGCUCUGCGGGAUCUAAAGGCAACACGGGAGCGGAGGGACAAAGAGGAGUUCCGGGGCCAAUGGGGGUGAGAGGACAACCUGGACCAGGUGGUUUGCCAGGCGAACCAGGAUUUCAAGGCCCACAGGGUGAAGCUGGUAUUCCUGGUGUGAGUGGAGAGAAAGGAACUUCAGGGAAUAAAGGUCUUCAGGGAAGCUUUGGAGUAGCUGGUCCUAAAGGUGAUCAAGGAAAACCUGGAAUCAAAGGAAAUAAAGGAGAAAAUGGGGAUCCUGGAGAGAAAGGAGAAAGAGGUCUCCGUGGUCAGCGGGGAACAAAGGGAGAAGCAGGAACUGCUGGUUAUGGCAAACGUGGAAGAAAAGGAUCAAAGGGUCAAGAAGGAUUCCCUGGAGACACUGGAAUUCAGGGUGAAAUUGGAGUCACUGGCAUUCCUGGGGAACCUGGUCCAAAAGGGCAUAGAGGAAAAAUGGGUCCUGUGGGGGAAACAGGUGUCAGAGGUACUCGAGGAGAACGAGGUUAUCCAGGACGUCCGGGUGCGAAAGGAACAAAGGGACUGGCUUCAUUUUCACCCUGUGAACUCAUUGAGUAUGUUCGUGAACGCAGCCCUUGCUGGAAAGGAGCCCAGGCAUGUCCAGUCUAUCCCACUGAAUUAGUGUUUGCCUUGGAUGUAUCCCAAGAUACCACUCCCGCAACAUUUGAACGAAUGAGAGAGGUCAUCACUGCAAUUGUAAACAGCACCAGAACCCGAGAAAGCAAUUGCCCUGUGGGAGCCAGAGUAGCUGUUGUGUCCUACAACUCCAAUACGCACCAUCUAAUCCGCUUCUCAGAUUUCAAGAACAAGAAAUCGUUGCUCCAAGAGCUCAAGAGCCUUUCCUACCAGAGAUCUUCAAGUGGACGGGACAUUGGUGGAUCAAUGAGAUAUGUUGCCAGGCAUGUUUUCAAGAGAACUCUCCAGAGUCCUAACAUGAGAAAAGUUGCUGUGUUCUUCAGCAAUGGCCAAUCUACGGAUACAGUUUCAAUCAGCACAGCAGUCCUAGAAUUUAGGGCGUUAGAUAUUCUUCCAGUGGUCAUCGCUUUUAAAAACGUCCCUGAGGUCAACCGUGCCUUUUCGAUGGAUGACUCGGGACUGUUUCAAGUCAUUAAUAUUCGUCAGGAAAGAGAUUAUACAACAGCUUUGCAAAGAUUCCAGUGGUGCAUACUUUGCUAUGACAAAUGCAAGGUGAACGCAUCUUGCCUACGUGAUGAAACCUCACCUCCCGCUUAUGUAGACGCUGCUUUCAUUUUGGAAAGCUCAAGGAAAGUAAGCCCUCUUGAAUUUGCAAAGCUGAAGGAUUUCCUAAGCCUCUCCAUUGACAACUUUGAUGUUUCUGCUCAACCAGAGAGCACUUCAGUAGGUGACAGGCUGGCUGUGGUGAGCCAUGCUCCACCAGAUUUCAGGCCUCAAACACAGAAGAAUCCAGUUAAGGCUGAAUUUGACUUUGUAACCUUUGGCAGUAAAAAGCAAAUGAAAAGGCAUAUCCAAGAGUCUAUCCAGCAGCUGAAUGGAGCAGCUGCUCUUGGCCAUGCUAUACAGUGGACCAUUACCAAUGUCUUCACAGGAGCACCCAACCAGAGGAAACACAGAGCUAUCUUUGUGAUAUCUGUUGGGGAAACAAGUCGAUGGGACAAGGAGGUGUUGAAAGAUGCAGCCCUGAGAGCCAAAUGCCAAGGCUAUGCUCUAUUUGUGCUCUCAUUGGGGCAUGAGUACAAUGUAGAACUUGAGGAACUGGUCAGCAGCCCCACGGAGCAUCAUCUGGUACAGCUUGGGAGAUGUCACAAGGCUGAACUUGGAUAUGCAGUGAAGUUUCUGAAGCCAUUUGUACGACUCCUCCGAAAUGAAAUCAACAGCUAUCCACCAGCACAGCUUAAGAGAAAAUGUUCAGACAUCAACACCCAGAAGCCUAUAGAGGUUCCUCUGCAGUCCAGAUACAGCAUAGCAAAGGAUGAAACUGUGUCCAGGAGAGCUCAGAGACUAGAGACGGAAUCUGAAGUUUGGGAACAUUUGUCUGGUGAUUCAGUAUCCCAUGAACAUUUAAUCAGCAGCGAACAGCAGACCAUUGUAUUUGGAAAUUAGCAACAUGUUCAAAACUGGAAGUUAAGCUGAGGAAAGACAUUUCUGCAAGGCCUUGUUAAGAACUUUGCUCUUCUUUACCCUCAUGGUUGCCUGUACCUCUGAAACGAUCAUUUGCUCAGGAACCAAGAUGCCAAACAUCGCCAUGUUUGAACAGCAAAAGACUUUUUUAAAACCUUGGAAGUACUAAAGAGCCUUUUGGACAUCCCAGUUUAGGACGACGAAUGAAGUGUGCUUUGAAGCAAGAUAGUUGUCCUUGAACACUCAAGAUACAACUCAGCUGUUGGUUGGCCUGAUACCCUUUAAAUAUUAAUAGCAGAACCAUGUGAAGAAUGUUUGUAUGGAUUCAUCCCGUAGGACUCAUUUAAGGCUGAAAAGUCCACAAUCACAUCCUUCUUACAAAUUAACAUUUAAAUCCAGUAGCGCCUAAACACCAGCACUAAACACUAAACAUAUACCCAGGCACAAACUUUUGUCAGUCAGAACUUUCUUGGUCAGAUACCUUCAGGUGCUAUUGGACUCGAAUUAUGUUUUACUGCUGCAGAUUUAGGGCUACCCUUUCCUACAGAUUUUGUUGUCUCUCAUGGAAGUCAGUGCUGCAACAGGGAGAGGGUUCCAUGAGAAAGGCUUAUAGGGCAAUCCUGCCCAAAGGAAUGCAGAACUUGGAAGUGCCUUGGGAUGGGGCCCCAGAAAAAUGCAUCACCUUAUGUUCCAGUAGUGCAUAAAGGAUACUGUGAAAGAUAUGGGGUACAAGCCACUCUUCCGGUGGUGCAAUAUAUGUCAAAUUUUUGCACAUCCUUUUGCAGGCUCCUGUGUUCUGUGUGGCAAUACACUAUGUGCAAACACACGGAAACACACUAGAGCUGACAUUUUCAUGCUCUGUUAAAGGAUGUACAGUUAGAUCACUGAUAGCUUUUCAGUAUAACUUUAAAAGGUGCUACAUAACUCAAACUUGUUUAAUUCAAUGCUACAAGUAGGCUGUGAAAAAAUCUGCUAGUGUAUUCAGGGCAGCUGAAGCCGCAGUGCACAGUAUGAUUCAGUGGGACAGACCUCUGUUGGUUGUAAGCUUUAAUGUCAUUACGGAUGUCUGCUCAGCCCUAUAAUCACAUGAACUUUUAAACAAAGCUUUUGAUUUCUUAGUAGACUUUUAAAACAGUCUUGGUGGCUGAGUUUUAGUUCUGUUGCAGAGUGCUGGAACACUACGCCGGUAUUAAACAACCAAAUGUACAAUAGUUCAGUUAGAUAAGGCAUAAACAAUAAUGUUGCUAAUUGCUUUUCUGUGUUUAGAAAAUACUACAUAGCCAGCCUCUGAAUGUCUUGCCUUGAAAACCACCUCUGAAUGUCUUGCCUUGAAAACCCUCCAUCUGGACAGUUGUUUGAGUCCAGCUGCAUACAUGCAUGGGUCUCAAUAUCAUUUCUUUGCAAUUAGUUUACCCCCACCCCACUUCAUAAACAUGUUUCUUCAAAUACAUACAUUUUCACCUCUGUUUGCAUAGGAAUGCUGUCUUAGUUUUAGGAACCUGGGUUGCUGUUCUGAACAUUAUACUGAUAAUAAUGUUUUCACACAUUUGGAGUUUUUAAAUUCAAUUCAAUUAAUUUUGAACAUUACUGUCUCUGAUUAUAGAAAAUAUGCAAACCAAUUUCUGCUGUAUGGAACAGCAUACUUAUUUUCUUCCUUGUGUUUUCAAAAGAGGAAUAAAACACAACUUGCACAGAGGCUGGUUUUAAUGUCAUUUUUGUUUAAAACAAAAAGAAAGGUACUAAUGGAAGCAUUUCAAAAAAAUGAACACAGAAAGAAGGCUCAAAUAAUUGGAUUAUAUGGGGAAGA